UGAGUAUAUAUUUUGAAUGAAACGAGGUUUUCCCGCGGGAUAAGUAGCAACGCGGGAGGGAAGGAGCUUCAAUGGUGGGGAUAGAAGGGAACCCUCGCUGGUAUUUGGAGAGCGUGAAGCAAAACGAAAAAGCGUUUACGUUGCUAUUAUUUGAAUGAGCUGUGCGUGUCCAAAGUAUCGUGAUCAAAAGAUGGCAGCCAACCUGGCGCAAAUACCCUUAGCCGGUUUGUCGGCUGAGAGUAAACAUUUAAUUUCAACUUUGCUCAACCCACCAAAAGUCAUCCCCACAAAGACUGGCUUGCUAAGGGACUGGAGGGGACUGGCGCAAUUGUGUUCCCUUGGAGGUGAGCUACUGCCUGCUAUUGCUACUGAUCCAGACCCUACAAAUCAUAUACUCACUAUCGUACAGAAGAGAUCUGAAGUAUUUACUCUACUUUCUUUGAAAAAUGCUUUGGAAAAGAUUGGGAGGUGGGAUAUCAUUGAUGAUGCUCAAUCAUACUUAGUCAGAGAUGCAGAAUCGUACUUGGAGAGAUUGCAGAAAUCGCAGAAUCCUGCACAAGAGAAUAACUUUAAGGUAGACAAAGAUAUAUUAACUAUAGAUGAUUUAUUCAGAGUACAAAGGGGAGAGCAAAGCCAACAUUAUGAUGCUUUCCUCUUGUAUGCAGAUGAAAAUACUGCCUUUGCUAUGGAAAUGGUUCAGCGUCUUGAGAACCAGAAUAAUAUGAAACUUUGCCUUAAAGACAGAGAUUUAGUUGCUGGAAUAUCAUUUGAACACGAAGCUAUUAUAAGGCUAAUAUCAGAAAGAUGUAAUAGACUUAUACUCAUCCUUAGUCCAGCAUUUUUUAAAAGUCCUGCCAACAAGUUUUUUGUUAAUUUUGCACAAGCCAAUAGUAUAGACAAACAGCAGGAGAGAAAAAUUAUACCAUGUAUAUAUGAAGAUUGUGGUGAACUUCCACCUCAGUUAACAUACUUUUCUAAGAUUUACUACAAUAAAAUUUCAUUGGACAAUAAAGUUUCCACUGAAUUUUUUUGGAAAAAACUAGUGGGCUCAAUGAUGGCCGUACCUCCUGGUGCAAAUAACUCAAAAAAUUUUACAACCAGAGGUAUUAAAACUGAAAAAUGUGAGGCCAAAAGGUCUACCUCACAAAAUGGUAUUAAACAAGUUGCGAAUGAAGGAACAGUUACUGCAGAUACAACCAAUAAAACUGAGAGUGGGGAAAGAUCGAGAUUAAUGAGACUGACAGGAAGUCGCACGUUUCCAUUUAUUAAGCAGGCAAGACAAGAAUCUAAUGCAGCUCUUCAGUCAUCUACAUCAGCUGAGUGUUCAAUUAAUGAGGAAGUAACAUCAGAUCUCCCUACAAUUGAAGGAGUAGAUUCACUGUCAUCUACACCUGUCUCAGAAAAUACAAACAAUGAAAGUAAAAAGAAGAAAAAGUUUUUAAGGAAAAUGCAAGCACUUCUUGCAAAAUAAAUACUAUCUUACAGCGAUAAAAUAGUAGAUUUAAGAAGAACAUUUCUAUGGUUAGACAAAUUGAAUAAGAUUUGUAAAUCGAUAUUUGUAAAAUUAAGAUAUUUAUUCAAUGAAUAUAACGUUUUUACUGUUGCAAUUUUGUAAUCAUAUAUGACUGUGACUGAGAAAAAGAACAAAAAUUAGUUUUCAACAAACUAAGUAAUUUCAUAAAUGUUUACAGUGAAAAGAUAAAAUAUUCAGAAAUGUCGAAGUGUUUCUUAUCGUAUAGACUGACUGUGAUACUAAUUUAAGAACUAAUAUCGUAUCUAGAACACUAUGUAACUUAAUCAAUUUUUAUUGAAGUUAAUAAA